AUGGCGCCUGCUAAUCCUUUGGCCAACUGGGAAAAGGUAGAUGACAGCUUUUACCGCAAAAUUCCUGUGUACGACGCUGUCUUCGAUGAAGAUACUGAAUUAGAGAACUACAUUGUCGUGGGGGCCCCUUACGGCGGCGCAAUAGCAUUGUAUCGAGACGAGAGCAAGCCGUUUCAGCUUAGAGACAGUCAAGCUUCUCGGUCUUGUAUUGAGAUCUAUUCCUGCUCCGGAAAGCAGAUCACUCGCAUUAAUUGGGAGCAAGCAACGAUCAGAGGGCUCGGCUGGUCCGACAAGGAGGAGCUUCUUGUGGUGUCUGAAGACGGCACCGUUCGCCGCUACUUCGGCCUAGACGGCGAGUUCACGUCCUUUUCUCUAGGAAAUGGAGCGGAGGAAUAUGGCGUGAGAGCCUGUCAGUUCUGGUCAUCGGGCCUUGUUGCCCUAUUAUCAAACAAUCAAUUGAUCGCAGUCUCGAAAUACGACGAGCCACGACCAAGAGCCUUAGCGCCUUGUCCCGAGGGUGAGGUUUCUUCGUGGUCCUUGAUUCCUCCAGCUCACACGCUCUCGAGAUCUGUGGAAGUGUUGCUUGCUGUUGACAAAACCGUCUACUCGAUCGACUCAACCGAAGCCGAGGACAAGAUCUUGCAAGAUGGACCCUUCAAAAAUCUUGCUGUCUCGCCUAGUGGACGAUUUGUCGCGCUUUUCACAGCCGAGGGCAAAUUGUGGAUCGUCAGUAGCGACUUCCAAAACAAGCUCAGCGAGUACGACUCUAAGUCUCGAGUAGCGCCAAGCAGUGUAAGCUGGUGCGGAGACGAUGCCGUUGUUCUUGCAUGGGAGGAUGAGGUUCAUCUGAUUGGCCCGAACGGCGCGGCUUCAAAGUACUAUUACGAUGGCCGGGUGCACGUUAUACCCGAGUUUGACGGAGUGCGGCUGUUGACAAACGAUAAUUGCGAGUUCUUACACAAGGUUGCGGAUGUCACGCAAGAAAUAUUCAGGCUAGGAUCGUCUUCACCUGCUUCGGUCCUUCUUGACUCGGUCGAACAACUGGAAAAGAAAUCUCCAAAGGCAGACGAGAACAUCCAGCGCAUCCGUCCUAGUUUACCUUCUGCAGUGGAUGCCUGUAUUAGGGCCGCGGGACAUGAAUUCGAUUCUUACUGGCAAAAGCGGCUUCUGAAAGCUGCUUCGUUUGGAAAGUCGGUCUUGGAGCUUUACAACAGCGACGAAUUUGUCGAAAUGACCGAGAAACUGAGAGUCCUUAGUGCUGUGAGGGACUACCACGUUGGGAUCCCUUUGUCUUAUGAGCAGUACCUCCGUCUGACACCCGAGGGACUCAUUGACAGACUGAUAAAUCGUCAUGAGUAUCUUCUUGCCAUUCGAGUGUCUGAAUUCCUGCAAAUUCCUGCAGACCGAAUCUAUGUUCAUUGGGCUAGCCAGAAGGUUCGCGUCUCGACGGGGGACGAUGACACGGUCUGUAAAUUGAUCGUCCAGAGACUGGAGGGGAAACCUGGAAUUUCAUUCGAAAUUAUUGCUCAAACCGCUUAUGACGAAGGCCGAUCCCAUCUUGCUACACAACUGCUGAAUCAUGAACCACGAGCAGGCAAACAAGUGCCCCUACUUUUGAAUAUGGAAGAAGAUGAGCUUGCCCUCGACAAGGCGAUUGAAAGUGGUGAUGACGACUUGGUGAAUUAUGUUCUGCUGCAUCUGAAGACUAAGCUGCCUCUGGCAAGCUUCUUCAGGAUGAUCAAUACCCGGUCCAUGGCAUCGGCUCUGGUUGAGACUGCGGCUCGGAUCGACGAUACUGAGUUGCUCAAAGAUCUCUACUAUCAAGACGACCGUCCUAUGGAAGGCUCGAACGUACUGAUGACAGAGGCCCUGCGUGAAUCAGAUCCACAGCGCAGACUCGAAAAGCUUCACCUGGCCUCGCGGCUCUUAUCAGAUUCUAAGGAUCCAAGUGUGGUGUUCCAACAGAAGCUUGUGGCAGAGGCCUCGCAACUUCUCAAGGCCCAGGAGGCGUUGGACAAAGAUCUUGCAGAUCACGGGGAAUAUUCUGGGUUGAGUCUCAACGAGACGAUCUACCGGCUGAUCCGCGCUGGCUAUGGGAAACGAGCGCACAAGCUACAGAACGAAUUCAAGAUGCCCGAGAAAACUUUUUGGUGGCUGAGACUGCGAGCGCUUGUGGCCAAACGUGACUGGGGCGAAUUGGAGGAAAUAGCCAAGACUAAAAAAUCCCCGAUAGGUUGGGCGCCUUUUUAUAACGAAAUCCUUGGCGCAGGAAAUACGAAGCUUGCCUCUCUCUUCGUGCCCAAAUGCACCCACCUUCCCGUGGCCGAUCGAAUCGAGAUGUGGGUCAAAUGCGGUAUGAUCGUCAAGGCGGGCGAGGAAGCGCAGAAGAUUAAGGAUAUCCAUACACUUGAAAGCCUGCGCACCAAAGCAUCCGGCUCUGCGAGUACGGAAAUCGAGCGCAUGAUCAACCAGCUCAGACCGAGGAAGUAA